AUGGAAAUGAUUGAAAAUAUUCGCAAUACAUUUAUUGAUAUGCUUCAACAGUCAUCUUGGAUGGAUCCCAUGUCAAAAUCUAAAGCAAUAGAGAAAGCCCGCGCCAUCAACGAAGCAAUUGGUUAUCCUGAUUAUUUGGGUAACGAGAAUUUAACCAAACUUGAGACAGACUAUGCUGAGUAUAAUUUUAACUCUUCUCUGAUGAACAACGGUUUAAUUAUUCUUCGAUUAGAAAUGAAAAAAAAUGUUCUAAUGUUUCGCGAACCAGUCGAUCGUAAAAAGUGGGCUAUUCCACCGACAAUUGUCGAAGCUACCUAUACGCCACAAUACAAUCGAAUAAGUACGACAUCAUUAACAAUGACAAUAACAUAUACAUCAAAUUCAUCAUCAAUCAUUAUUUUAAUUUUAAUUGGAAUUUGUCUUAGUCUUAUUGCAUUAAUAACUGCACUUGGAAAUAUCAUUGUACUUUUAGCUUUUUAUUGUGACAAGAAAUUACGUACAAUCAAUGAUUAUUUUAUAUUAAAUAUGGCAAUAGCGGAUUUUCUUGUUGGUUGUUUUUGUAUUCCAUUUUAUAUUCCAUUCAGUAUCACACGAUCAUGGCCAUUUGGACGUCUUUUUUGUAAAAUAUGGGUUACAAUUGAUGAUGUUGCAACAAUGGCUAGCGUUAUUAAUAUAGUAGCAAUUAGUAUUAAUCGAUAUUGGUCUAUAGCUUAUCCUAUAUCUUAUCGAAAAUAUGUGAAACAACAUUUUGUUUAUUUAGUAAUGGGAGCUGUAUGGUGUCUUUCUUUUCUUAAUUUUGCUCCGGGUAUUUGGUUAUUAAGUCUAUUUAAUAACAAUAAUAAUACAAUAACACGUAGUGAUUGUUCAGGUGAUUAUAAUUAUUCAUUUGUAUAUAUGUUAAUAGCACAAUUUAAUUAUUUUAUUUGGCCAUUUAUUGCUUUAUGUAUUUUUAAUAUGUUAAUUAUGUUAAAUAUAUGGAAACGAAGUCGAAAAAUGAAUCGUCUUACAUCAUUUAGUCAAUCAAUAAAAAGUAAAGAACGAAAGAUUGGUUCAUUACCAAUAGUAACAAGUAAAUAUACGAAAGAUGAUCAAUGUUUGUCAAUAUUAUCUAAAAAAAAAAUAAAUUCACUUGAAAAUUGUCGAUCAAAAAUAGCUGAAGAAAAAUCUGAUAAUAUUGAUCAAUUUAUUCUCGUUCAAUUGUCUUCAUCAAAUAAAAAUCUUCCAAAUUCAUUUGAUGAAAAUAAUAAAUCAUCAAAUAAUUGUCAACAUACAAUUACAUAUUUAUCACCAGUUAUACAACAAAAAUCUUCUAUUAUAAAUAAAAAUGAUUUAAAACAAUCUCGAAAAUCAUCAUCAAUGGUAUAUUUAUCAAGAAAAUGUGCAAGUGUUAGUUUUUCUCAUUCAAAUAGUUAUCGUAAUGAUUCAUUUGGUGAAUAUCGACUUGAAAGUGAUAUUGAAGUAUCAAAAACGAUUCUAAGUGGAUCAAGUUCAUCAAAACAUUUAAAUACUACUACUACUGAUAAUAAUAAAUUUAAAGAAUACCGUCGAUGUGGUUCAAAAAUAAUUCGAGAUCGUAAAGCAGCACGUUCAUUAUUUAUUCUAGUUAUUGUUUUUCUUAUAUUCUUAUUUCCAUAUGUUAUUUGUGCAAUCGUUUCAACAGCUGGUGUAAAUAUAUCUGGAAUUAUUUUAGAAGUAUCAUUUUGGCUUUUAUGGUUAAAUUCAACAUGUAAUCCAUUUCUUUAUCCAUUUAUACAAAUACAAUAUCGACGUGCUUAUUUAAAAUUAUUUCAAUCUUUUUCGAAAUUUUUUACAUCUUCUCAAUUAAAUCAUCGUUUUUAA